GUGUUGUCUUCUGCUGACAGGGAGCAAAGUUAGGAGGAUGUGGCUGUUUGGAGAUAGCCUGGUGAGAGGAGUAGAGAAAGAGAUAUACUCCCUGUCGAAAGGUGGGUAUAGAGUGAUGGACAAAAGCAGACCAGGGGCCAAUAUUCGGGGCAUCCGUGAGGCGGUGAUGAGCUCCCUUCACCAGAUGGAGCCUGAAGACCUGGUGGUGGUAGAGGGAGGAGGAAACGGGCUGGAGGAUAUAGGAGGACGAGAGACAGUGAGAGUGAUGGAGGAGAUAGUCAGAGUGGUGGAGCGUAAAACACACAGGAGGCCCCUGGUGAUGUGUAUCCCUAAGAGGAGGGACAAGGAGGGUCAGGUCUUUGGCCGGGAGAGGAGAUGGGUGAAUGGAAAGGUAGUAGAAAGACUGGAAGACUGGAAAUGUGAUGGGAUGCAGCUGUGGGAGAGGAUGGACUGGAGGCAGGUGUGGACACAGGAUGGCGUACACAUGUCCACUAUUGGAAAGGUGUGGGUGGCCUGGAACUUGGUGGAGUGGGCUCAGCGUUGGGAGGAAGGCAGCAGGGAAUAGGACAGAAUCCAGAGAGAAGGGGCAGGUGUUUGUAUGAGAGAGGAGGACAGAAGCGUGAAAGAGAGCAGGUUACCGAGAGAAAGGGAACCUGCGGGAGGAGAGUGUGUAAAUGUAAAAGGAAGAGGAGGUACCCACAGGGCGUCAGGAUGCAUGAGGAUUGGGUGUGUGAAUGUGAGAGGAUGGGGCACUGGCAAGUUUGAGGAUUUAUGCAAGGAGCUGAAUGAAUGGAGCUUGGAUGUGGUAGGUAUCACGGAGACUCACCUGCGGGACGUGGUGCAUAUGGAAGGAAAUGAGUUUGUCAUGAUAGGGAAAGGGC